AACUGAACGAACGAAAAGCAAGGGAGAAAAAAAAAUUUACGAAAAAUAAAUAAAAAAUAGAAACAAAAACAUAAUCUAUCAAGAAUAGAUUUGGAAUGUUCGUAAUACGAAAUUUAGCCGAUGAUCGAUGAUAAUUUCAACACGAUUAAUAAAAUAUAUCACUUUGAAAGUUAAUCUGUUAGAAAAUUGAAAAGAAAAACAAUAUUAAAUAUUUUACAUAAAGAACCCCUCCCCCCCCUCUGCCCACCAUCACUACCAACACGACCACCACCACUAGUUCGACUGUUAAUUUAAUUCGACAUCGGUGAAAUUCGUAAUAAACGAAUUUCCAAAACGACGAAUAUCGUCGUGGCUUCGUCGAUAGAAGAUAGAAGAAAAACUCGUCCGAAUCGUCGUAAACGGGGUCCCACGAGAGACCCUGACAAAAUACCAAUCAUUGAUUCCGACGAGUCAACGGUUAUCAUGGGUGCCCAGGAAGAGGACACCAAAUCUAGCAAGUCCAGUACCAUCGGUGGUGUAAUACCGAUGGCAAAGGUUGCUACAUUGGUUGAAAAAGCUAAAUUUUACACGUCACUCUGCUUGGGCACCACUGCCAUACUCGCGGUAUUUGCUUUUCUAUUUUUAAUACCGUUCGUAGUCGAACCAGCAAUAUCAACGAUACUUGCGGAUUUUUCACCUCACGCGGUAGCCUGCAUCACCACGGAACACGUUUAUGCGGAAGGCUUAAAGAAUUGUUCAUGGGCGAGUUGUAGAGAAGGUUGUACGAGUGCUGCGUUACGAUGCCAUCAAAUCAAAGUUAAUUACACGAGAUUACCAUACGAAGAAUUUAUGAAAAAACCUAUUGGCUCUAUACCAUGGGACGUCAGUGAUACGAAAUUUUUUGUCAACACCGAAGGAUGCGGUUAUCCACCUAGAGUUAAUUGUUCUGAUUUUUCCAAAAAAUAUGGUUACCGUAACAUCGGCAAAAUAUUUCCAUGUUAUUACAGUAGAACCCAUCCGGAAACUGUAGUGGCAAGGUAUUCUUGGGAUGAAAAUUUGAAACACCUGGUGCUGGCAUUAACCGUACCGGUUGUUUUAUUUGCCGUUUCUCUUGGAGUAUUAUGUUAUUGGUAUUGUCCACCUGUUAGAAAAACCUGUGGUGGACCUGGACGUAAUCUCAUUGACAAAUACGAAAGAAAGGAAGAUAUUCUUGGAGAGGAUGAAUUCGAAGAGGACGAAGAGGAAUACUGACUGCUACCAAGGGCUCACCCCCCAGCAAGGGAGUGACGCCAAACAUAUUAUCGAAAUGAUUAUGUCAACGUACUUUGCGUAUGAAAACAAAACAAAGAAAUGAAAAUAACCAGUAAAUAUUUUGGGAUAUUGACGUAUUGAUCCAAACGUUUUAUGUCAGAUAUCGAAAUAUGAUAUCGAAGAAAGAAAAAAAGGAACACGGAAAAAAAGAAGAAAGAAACAGAUUGAAGAUCAAACGAACAUCGUCGCAUUUAGCUCGUUACUUCCGAUUAAUCGCCAACUAUCGAUAUAUUCGAGUUAUCUCUCGUCUCUUUCGAACUAAACUAUUAUUCCGCUUAAAUUACGAUUAGUAUUAGUAAACGUGUAAGAGAAAUGUUAGUAAUAAUAAUAUUAAUUAACUAUUUCUCUCUUUCUCUUUUUCUAAUU